AUGACAUUCGCAAUUAAGAUACAUUUCUGUGGUUUUCCACUCGUUAUAUUAACUUUGACACACACAGCCAGUGAGUCAAUUAGUCCCUUGGACAUCAUGGCGCUCACACAGCAGAUAUUGUUGGUGAUUAUCGGCGUAGCCUUUGUUUACUCUGCUCCAUUGACUUCGGGGCUCAUUCCUAAUAUUUUGACCAGCCCAUUGCACGUAUUGACUAGCAAACCGCUAGAUAUACUGGAUAAUCCUUUGAGAAUCUUCGGAGAUAAACCUGUCAGUGGAGCUCUAAAUACUUUAGGUCUUAGGCCUGCCCGGUCUGUAGAUCAUGUCGAACUAGUAAUUCAUUGAAUAUGUAAUUCACUGAAUAAA